UAAUCAUCAUUAAUGGCCUCUAAUUCCCCCAAAAGAGAGGGCCCUUAUCUCAUUACACUAUUCCGAGUCUCCCUCUUUGUCAUUCUUAUCUCCAUCAUCAACCCCUCACACCAAUCUGAACACCCUUCCCCUCUGCCCCCACUAAACCCAAGGCUCUCCAAAGCCUACACAGCUCUCCAAGCAUGGAAACACACAUUCACUUCUGACCCCAAAAACCUCACCUCCAACUGGUGUGGCCCUAAUGUUUGCAACUACACUGGCGUCUAUUGUGCACCAGCCCCAGAUGAUCCUUACAUCUACACAGUUGCUGGAAUAGACCUAAACCAUGCAAACAUAGCUGGUUCAUUACCGGAAGAACUUGGCCUCUUAACCGACCUUGCCCUUUUCCACAUAAACUCCAACCGUUUUUGUGGUUACCUUCCCAAUAGCUUUGACCAACUUCACCUUCUCUAUGAGCUAGACAUAAGCAACAACAAAUUCUCAGGACCAUUCCCUGAAGUUGUUCUUUGCCUCCCUUCACUAAAAUUCUUGGAUAUCAGAUUCAACAAGUUCGAAGGCAAUGUUCCCUCGAGCCUCUUUGACCUUAAGCUCGACGCCCUUUUCAUCAACAACAACAACUUUCAAUUCUCUAUACCUGAAAACUUCGGGAACAGUACUGUUUCUGUGGUUGUGUUUGCAAACAAUGAUCUAAAGGGUUGUCUUCCAUCGAGUUUAGCCAAAAUGAAGAAUACCCUUAACGAGAUAAUCAUCACGAAUAGUGGAUUAAAGGGUUGUUUGCCACCAGAGAUAGGGUCUUUGGACAAACUGACAGUGUUUGAUGUGAGCUUCAAUGAGUUGGUUGGAGAGUUGCCUGAGUCCAUGGGAGGAAUGAAAAGUUUGGAGCAGCUAAAUGUGGCGCAUAACAUGUUGUCUGGCACGGUUCCUGAGAGUAUAUGUAUGUUGCCAAGGUUGGAGAAUUUCACGUACUCGUAUAACUACUUCUGUAGUGAAUCACAAGUGUGUCUCAAGUUGAAAGAUAAAGAUGAUACCAAGAAUUGUAUUCCUUAUAGGCCUUUGCAAAGGUCACCUCAGGAUUGUGCUGCUUUUUAUGCACAUCCUGUUGAUUGUAAUGCCUUUGGUUGUUCCUUUAGAACUGCACCGCCGCCUCCACCUCCGCCUCCUCCUCCACCACCACCACCUCCGCCUCCUCCUCCUCCACCACCACCUCCACCGCCACCACCUCCUCCACCGGCGGCUUACUACCACUAUCCCUGAAGGCAUGGCAGAAAUAAGAGUUUGUAAUAUUUUAAUUUAAUUUUCUGAAUUUGUCUUCUUUUUUUUUUUUUUUUGGAGAUAUGAUUAUACCAGCUGAGUGAACAUACUUAGAGUUAGUUUUCUUUGGUGGUCAUAACUUUACCUUGUAAAGAUUAAACCGGGUGGAAAUUUG